GUUUUGCUAAGAAAAUUUUGAUCCAAUAGUUGUAGCUGCUGCGGGAGCUGAAGAACAGCACAAGAAUGACAGUUCUUCUUCGUUGGAUGAUGCAUCUCUCAAGAGUUAGUGUUCAAGCAGUCUUCUAGCUAAUUGGCAAAUGUUGCAAUCACCAGAUACUACCAAUUGGGAAAAUGUCGGCAAGGGAAAAAAAGGUGAUAACAUGAAUCCACUUAAUCCUCAAGUAGACCCCGUUGCUGUAUUAAGUGACUCCCCCAUUCAUCAAGACGGCAGGAGCAAAACAGGACGAAUAAAACGCCCUGCGCCCCUGAAGAUAAAACAUGUGCGGAAAUGGAGUCGAGAUGAUGUUGAUUCUCCCUCACGAGGGACUGAGAAUGGGGGAAGGAGAACUCCCUUUGAGUCACCUCUUCAUCGUAAUGCGGGUGAUAGCACUCCAAGGAGAGCUUCUCGCCACGGUGACCGAAGUCUUGAUGUUCCACCCCUGCAUCAUGCAAGGAUUGGAGGAGGUGGUGGUAGAGGGGGGUAGCGCGGUUUCUUCUCCCACAUGGGAAAAAAAAGGUUCAUCUGAAGGUGGCCGUGCAAUAGCUCCCUCAACACCUUCUAGAUCUCGUCUUAGACCAGUCACAAAAGGUGAUGACACGCCGGAUCACAACCUAGUAAUUCCGAAAUUCGGAGAUUGGGAUGAUACUGAUCCAUCAUCAGCAGAACAGUUUAGCCAAGUAUUUGACAGAGUGCGGGGUGAGAAGCAGAGUGAGGCAGGGAAAGUACCUGUAAUGCCAACUGAAACGCCCGACCCAAACAAUGACAAGCCAUUAAAAAAUGAGAGUUCCAAGGGCUGUUCUUGCUUUCCAUGGAUUGGGAAGUAGUGACUACUUGGUCUUCAAAUUGUGGAGGAGGAAACACAACUUACUGGAGGCACUUAUACAACAGGUUUCUUGGAAGUUCAAUCAUUUUGUUCUGUAUGCUUUGUCCAAGUUCUAAGUAUAAUUUUCUUUUGUUGCUUUCCAUGAAAGACAUUGGAAAAAGUUGUUCAAGAACAAACUAAGAGAUUUUGUUUCUUCAUGUCAAACAUUUUGACAUGAUAGUCUGGUUUCGUGUAAUUUGUACGGAGUAUUUUAUACGGUGUAAUAUUCCUUAAAAACUGACUCCCAUCUAUAUACAUGAGAUCACAUUGCCUU